AUGACCACUCAAGAAUCGAUCAAACCUUUGGUAGACAGGAUUCUAUCAAACCCCCUGCAGUUCAAUGCUGCAAUGAUCUCAAAGAAAUCGAAUAAUAAUAGUGAUACUUCCGCCGCGCCGCAGAGUAACUCGUACAUCGUGAUAGGAAAGCAACACAGUAAGAAUAGAAAUGGAACAACUGCUAUGGCGACGGCUGAUGGCGAGCAAGCUCCAGGCAAGGACUUGAUGGAAAGGCCAAAUGAAAAAAAAUCAAGCGCUGUUCCCAAAUCCAUGGCAGAGGCUUUAUUGCUAUACACUUCUAAAAAGAGUAUAACCGCUGCUAAUGUUACUGUUACUAAGAAGCCAGCAGAGCUUUCCGCGGAGCUUUCUACGGAACCUCCUUCCUCUGCUUCUGAAGAUGAGAAAGAAGAGGAAGGAGAAAUAUUUCAUGAGGCAAGAGAUUACGUUGAACCUCGAAAAGUUAGUUUAAGGGAAAACGUAAUUGCUGAUGAAGACAUCGGUGAAGAUUUAAGUUCACCGUCAGCCACUAUUAGCGAAUUGGCUAGCGAAAAGGAGAAGGCUUCCGGUAUUAACGACGAAGAUGAAGAUGAAGGUGAAGACGAAGAUGAAGAUGAAGAUGAAGAAGGUGAAGAUGACGUGGAUUAUGAUUCCAGUGCAAUGGAAAAAGAACUUCAUGAAGAAGAGGAAACCGAGUCUAGUUCUACAAUUUCAGAAGACGAAAAGAAAGACUUGCAUAAAGAUUUAAUGGCAAAUAGUACACUGAAGGUAAAUCAGUACAGAUCUACAGAAGGCCAGAAUGGAAAUGGAAAAGAAGAUGACCAAAAGGAAGAAGAAGAGGAAGAAUUGAUGCAUAAACCAAGAUCAAUUACCCCUCCAAUUACCAUAUCAAAUUUAUCAAACUUCUAUCAAUUCAAUGAAAACAUCAAUGAUCGCGGCUCCUUACGCUCUACUAGAAUAAUUAAGAAUUGGGGCAACCAAUUCACCAAUUUAAAACCUCGUGGCCUUUUGAAUCAUGGUGUCACCUGUUAUACAAAUGCAGCUGUGCAGGCUAUGUUGCAUAUUCCUUCUAUACAACAUUAUCUCUUUGAUAUAUUAUUAGGAAAGUACGAUAGCAGCAUCUCAAAAAGUUCUGUUUCUUAUACUUUAGCUGAAACGAGUAAAAAAAUGUGGUUGCCAGUUUCCAAAAAUCCUAGGAAGAGUAUUUCAGCUUCCUAUAUUAAUCCAAACCACUUGAUUUCCAGACUGGAUGAUAUUAAUUGCAUGAUGAGUGAAUGGCAACAGGAGGAUUCUCAUGAGUACUUCAUGUCGUUGAUGUCAAGAUUACAGGAAGAUUCUGUUCCCAAGGGCCAUAAGCUUAUAGAAUCGAUAAUUUAUGAUAUAUUUGGCGGUCUUUUAAAGCAAAUAGUUACUUGCAAAUCUUGCGGCAGUAUAUCUAAAACAGAACAGCCCUUUUACGAUUUAUCGUUGCAUUUAAAGGGGAAGAAAAAACUUGAUUCAAACCCUGAUUCUUCGGGUGAAUAUAAUAACAGUGCUUCUUCUACUAAUUCCACCACGACCAAGAGUUCCACCACGCAACUGUUAUCUUCUUCAAAAUCUGCCAAUCUGAACUACGAUACACCAGAUGUCUCUAUUAGCAAUUUAAGUUCACUCAAUCGUAGAUUCUCCAUUGAAAAAUCAAUCAGAGAUUUUUUUAAUCCCGAAUUAAUCAAAGUCGACAAAGAACAAAAGGGUUAUGUUUGUGAAAAGUGUCAUAAGACCACGAAUGCUGUGAAGCAUAAUUCUAUCCUAAGAGCUCCCGAGACGUUGCUGGUACAUUUGAAAAAAUUUAGAUUUAAUGGCACUUCUUCGUCGAAAAUGAAGCAAGCUGUUUCGUAUCCAAUGUUUUUAGAUUUGACAGAAUAUUGUGAAAACAAGGAUUUGCCUGUCAAGUAUCAACUAUUAAGCGUGGUGGUACAUGAAGGUCGUUCCCUAUCUUCAGGCCACUAUAUCGCUCAUUGCAAACAACCAGACGGUAGCUGGGCUACUUACGACGAUGAAUAUAUCAACAAAAUAUCUGAAAGAGACGUUUUAAAGGAAACUAACGCUUAUUAUCUUCUGUACACGAGAUUAACCCCAAAGUCGAUCCCAUUGCCAGUAGCGAAAUCUACCAAUACCGCUGAUAAUAUUACCUCGCCCAAGUCUAAGCAAGAACAAGCAACCAAUGAAUCAAAUAAACGUCCAUUAAAGAUCAAUAGUAAGAAAAGUAAUCGUAAAAAAUGGAAAAAAAGUAAGAAGAGGAAGUUUACUAAGUAA